GCACGGCCGGCACCUUCAGCAUCUCCGGGACUUGUAGCCCCUGCCCCAGCGGCACUGUCGCGGACCUGGACGGCGCCACGGAGUGUGCGGUCUGUGCGCCAGGGCACCGCAGCAGCUGGGACGCCGCCAGCUGCGAGCCCUGCCCUGAGGGGUCCUUCCAGCCGGAGCCCAACGCCUCCGAGUGCCUGGACGCGGUGGAAGGCGCGGACUUCCAAGGCGCGGGCCUGGUGACCGGGGUGAACCAGGAGGGCUUCUGGACUCGGAGGAAUCGGCCGCUGUCGGCGCCCUCGGUGAGUUGGGAGCCGUGUCGCGUGCCCGGCGCCUGCCUCCGCAACGAGCGCUGCGCCGUGGGCGCCUGCGGCGCCCAGUGCCAGAGCUGCCUCCCCGGCCACGUGCCCGCGCCGGCCUUUGCCUUCGGAUCGACCUGCGUCGCGUGCCCAAGCGGACCGCAGACUCCGCUGGUGCUGGGACUCUUCGCGGUGCUGAUAUUGUGGCUGGCCAUGUGGCUGGCGCGGCUGGGGCUCACGCGUCAGGACAAUCCGAAAGACCUGCGCCUGGGAUAUGUGAAGAUCCUCCUGCUCUACGGCAUCUGCUGCGAUGCCCUGGCCACCACAGCCAUCGAGAUGCUUUCCAGCCUCCAGACCAGCCUGGGUCUCGAGCUCACCUCGCUGCUGGCGCAGGGCCUCUCGGCGUUCGCGCCCUCCGCGUUUCUCCGCGGCGCCGCGCGCUGCGGCGCGGACUGGGCGGUGCGGCGCCUGGGGCACGUCGCGAGCCUCGAGGCGGCGGCCAGCAGCUUCGUGGCUGGCGAUGCUGGUGCCGUCCCUUCGGCUGCGAUGCACUGGGAGAGUUUGGCGGAGGCGCUAAAAGGUUUGCGGCACUCCACUUGGUUCCAGCCGGAGUCGCUAGACUUGCGCGAGCAGCUGAAGGACUACCAGUCCUCGGUGGAGCUCUGCGCUCUGCUCUUCUGGCUCUGCGCGCCUCUGGCCUUGGCCUUCCUCGCCUUUGCGCUGUGCCUGGGCCGCGUGGCCUUCGUCCUGCGCCGGGCCAAGGCCUUCUACGCCCGCGCCGCGGAGUUCUACGAGGAGCUGGUGCAAGAGGGGACCAAGCAGGUGCUGGCGCAGUACGACGCGGAGGACUGGUUGGCCUUCAGCAAGGCCUACUUCCAGCGCCUGGCCUGGCUCUGGAACUCCGACCUGGCCCAGGAGGAGGGCGUCCGGGACUUCUUGAAGGCUUUCGGGUCCCAGGGCCGCCCUUUGCUGCUGGCGCUGCUGCUGGUCUUGUACGGCUACGUGCUGGAUGGGCUGCUGGAGCUCUGCGCCUGCUUGCCUCUGCUGCCCCAGGAGACUUUGCGGAGGGUCACGGUGGCGCCCGAGCUGCCGUGCUGGGGUCUCAUGGGCAAGCUGGCCUCAGGCUUGGCGCUCUUGUGGGCUCUGGGUGUGCCGGUGCUGCUGAGCAACCAGCUGCGGAAGGUGCGGAACGAGCUGCCGGACGACUUCGAGUUCCCGCCAGCCUUCUGCGUGCUGAGCUUCGGGUAUCGCUUGGGGUGCUGGAACUGGGAGAUGUACGUCUUCCUGCUGAAGGCGGGGAUUUUGGUGUCGUUGCGGGUGCUGGGCCCCUCCGGCCGCAGCAGCUUCCUGUUUCUGCUGGCGGUGCUGCACGGCUUCGUGUCGAGGGCGUUCGGCCCCUUCACGGCGCGCUCGGACUUCGCGCUGGUGAAGGCGGACAACCGCUUCGCGCUGUUCUUCGUGGGCCAGAGCAUCCUGGUGCAGGUGCUUGCGGUGUCCAGCACCAUCCCCAUCGUCAUGAAGAUCUUAGCGGUUUCUCUGGUGGCAGUGAUGCUGUGCCUGAAUUUGCUGAUGGUGCUCUCCCUUUUGCGCGCCUGUCUGGCGUGCUGGCAGGACACCUUCAUCGAGAGCUACGAGUUCUACGAAUGGGCCUUGUGGCGCGACGGCAAGCGGAACCGCCGCUGCCUGGGGCUCUCGUACCGCCUCACCAACCUGCUGCUGAGGCGCUACAAGCGCCGGGUGCGGCAGCGCGCCUACGUGAGCUUCGACUCCCGGCGCGGUUGGCUCACCGUCUGCGGCUCCCACGGGGACGCCGCCAUGGCCGUGGCCAACCUGGCGGCCAACCUGUCCCAGGCCCCAGCGGUGCCGGUGCCGGAGGUGCAGGCGGCCACCUCCGCGCAGCGCCGGAAGGUGCAGAAGUACCUGCAGCAUACCGCGGAGCGGCUGUGCCUCAUCAAGGGCUGCCCCACCUUCAGCGUGCUGGAGCUGGAGUUCAUCAUCCGCGC